AUUGGCCUUGUUUGUGGUGUGAGAGGUGCUUAGUUUCAGUCAUGUUUCCCUCUUUUCCAGCUUAAACGCUACCCUACAAAACCUUUCACAACUCUCUUUCUGUCCACAUUGACCUAGUUACAACCCUACUCUGCGUUAACCAUGAUAACCAUUAAGGAUAUUUAUGAUGUUUUCGCGGCUAUUGUGCCCCUGUACGUGGCUAUGAUAUUAGCAUAUGGUUCAGUUCGGUGGUGGAAAAUUUUCACACCUGAUCAAUGUUCUGGUAUAAACCGCUUUGUUGCGGUCUUUGCAGUUCCACUGCUUAGUUUCCACUUCAUCUCCUCCAAUGACCCUUAUGCUAUGAACUACCACUUCAUAGCAGCUGAUUCUCUUCAGAAAGUUGUCAUUCUGGGUGCUCUCUUUCUAUGGAACACCUUCACAAAACAUGGCAGCCUAGACUGGACCAUCACCCUGUUCUCUCUUUCCACUCUUCCAAACACCCUUGUCAUGGGGAUCCCUCUAUUGAAGGCCAUGUACGGCGACUUUUCAGGGAGCCUCAUGGUUCAAAUUGUGGUGCUGCAAAGUGUCAUAUGGUACACUCUCAUGUUGUUCUUGUUUGAAUAUAGAGGUGCCAAACUCCUCAUCACAGAACAGUUCCCUGAGACUGCAGGCUCCAUCACCUCCUUCAGGGUUGACUCAGAUGUUGUUUCACUCAACGGUAGAGAGCCACUGCAAACUGAUGCUGAGAUAGGAGAAGAUGGAAAGCUCCAUGUGGUGGUUAAGAGAUCAGCAGCUUCUUCUAUGAUAUCUUCCUUCAACAAAUCCCAUUUAACUUCUAUGACUCCUAGAGCAUCUAAUCUCACUGGGGUAGAGAUCUAUUCCGUUCAGUCAUCAAGAGAACCAACCCCAAGAGCUUCUAGUUUCAAUCAAACAGACUUUUAUGCCAUGUUUGCAAGCAAGGCACCGAGUCCAAAGCAUGGCUACACAAACAGUUUCCAGAGUAAUAGUGGUAUUGGUGAUGUUUACUCGUUGCAAUCUUCCAAGGGGGCAACACCAAGGACUUCUAAUUUUGAAGAGGAGAUGUUGAAGAUGCACAAAAAGAGAGGAGGGAGAAGCAUGAGUGGAGAGUUGUUUAAUGGAGGUUUGGUUUCUUCUUACCCACCUCCGAAUCCAAUGUUUUCAGGGUCCACAAGUGCUGGUGGCCUCAAAAAGAAAGAUAGCACUGGUGGCAGUGCUGCACCUAACAAGGAGUUACACAUGUUUGUUUGGAGUUCAAGCGCAUCGCCGGUUUCUGAGGGGAAUUUGAGGCAUGCAGUUAACAGAGCUGCCUCUACCGACUUUGGAACAGUUGAUCCUUCCAAGGCUGUUCCACACGAAACUAUUGCUUCCAAAGCUGUUCAAGAAUUGAUUGAGAACAUGAGUCCUGGUCGUAGAGGGAGUGGAGAGAAGGAGCUUGAAAUGGAUGAGGGAGCGAAAUAUCCCACAAGUGGAUCUCCAUACACCUGCCAGAAGAAGGUGGACAUAGAAGGCAAUGCAAACAAAAACCAACAGAUGCCACCGGCUAGUGUCAUGACAAGACUCAUCCUCAUCAUGGUUUGGAGAAAACUAAUAAGAAAUCCCAAUACCUACUCCAGUCUUCUGGGACUCACAUGGUCUCUCGUAUCAUUUAGGUGGCACAUUGAAAUGCCAACUAUUGUAAAAGGUUCCAUCUCAAUACUGUCCGAUGCUGGUCUAGGAAUGGCCAUGUUCAGUCUAGGUCUGUUCAUGGCAUUACAACCCAAGAUCAUUGCCUGUGGAAAAUCUGUUGCAGCAUUUUCUAUGGCUGUUAGGUUCUUGACAGGUCCAGCGGUUAUUGCUGCAACCUCCAUAGGCAUUGGACUCCGUGGAGUUCUUUUGCAUGUUGCAAUUGUCCAGGCUGCCCUUCCCCAAGGUAUCGUUCCCUUUGUGUUUGCCAAAGAAUACAAUCUCCAUGCAGAUAUUCUUAGUACUGCGGUUAUAUUUGGAAUGCUGAUUGCAUUGCCCAUAACCAUACUCUACUACGUGCUGCUUGGACUCUAAUCUAUCUUGCGAGGAAGAGAAUUAUGAUGCUGUAACUGUACGUACUACGUAAAGCCAAGGUCACCACGCUCAAGCGCGGUGGAUGAAGAAACGUAGAAGAUAUUUGAUUUUAGAUGUUAGAGAGGGAAAGAGAAAUUAUAUAUAGUAUAUAGUAGAAUGCUAUAUAUAUUAAUUAUUUAUGAUUCGUAUGAAAGUUUGGGUUUGAUUUCUUCC